CUCUCUCUCUCCUCCCUCCAUGAGAAAGAAAGGAAGAUUACUCGUGCAGUAAAAGAAGAAGAAGAAGGCAGGGGAGAGAAGAAAACCAGAUCGAUCUUGAUCUUGAUCGGAGGAAGAGACACAUGCUGCCCACCGUCUCCAAAGGGCGCACGCCCUCUAACGUGCGCCCCAGCCCUAUGUUACCACAGUACCUUCGCAGGAUUGUCAAGUGGCAACAAAUGGAUAUUGAAUAUACAUUCUGGCAAAUGUUUCAUCUAUGCACCUCACCAAAAGUUGUCUAUCAGCACACCAAGUAUCACAAGCAAACGAAGAAUCAGUGGGCACGAGAUGAUCCUGCCUUUGUUGUAAUUUGCAGCCUCCUUCUGGCAGUUGCAACUUCGGCUUAUUGUGCAGCGUAUGACAAAAGCAUUGGCCAUGCUGUUUUCACAGUUCUUUCGGUGGUGGCUUUUCAUUUUCUAAUAGUCGGAAUAAUUUUAGCUACAUGUUGUUGGUUUCUGACAAACACCUACCUUCGUGAAGAGGCUUCAAAUAGUCAUGUUGUUGAGCAACGCGUUGAAUGGCUGUACGCUUUCGAUGUGCACUGCAACUCUUUCUUCCCCACAUUCGUUUUGCUUUAUGUGAUUCAAUACUUUCUAUCACCUCUCUUAGUCGCUCACGGCUUCAUUCCCGUUCUGCUAUCAAACUUGCUUUUUAUGGUGGCCAUCGCUUACUACCACUAUCUCAACUUUCUAGGAUAUGAUGUACUGCCAUUCUUGGAAAGGACCACUUUUUUCUUGUACCCAAUCGGUUUCAUCAUCAUCCUCUCCCCGCUUUUGAUCCUUAGCGGCUUCAAUCCAACAAGAUACAUUAUGAGCAUCUACUUCGGCUAAUAGGCCACAAUGUCCUGAGGUGGGUUGAUAAACAUCCUGGAUACCAGAGAGAGGAUACACUAAUAAAUUGCAGAUCAAUUUUAGGAAGGCCGCGAAAGGGAGAAAGGCCUUCUUGAAUGCGUGGUUCUUUAACACGCAAAGGAUAAUGCCGGGAUGUCCAUCAAAGUCUCUUUGCAGUUUCUUUGUAGCAUUGGAUGUCCAUCGAAAUGCUUUUGGGUAUUAAUGGGAGGCACUUCCUUGCAGUCUAAUAUCGUCAUUUGUGCCUUUUACUGCUGCAUGUGAAUGCUCUCUAGCAGGUUCUAAGGUCUUACAAAAUGUUUGGCAUUGAAAGAUGAAGGCUCAUUCAUACUAAAAUUAGGAUGUGUUCGUCUUGAACAUUCACUUGUAGCAUACCUUAUAUUGACAGAAUGUAAUUGCUACAGAGGCCUGAAAAUUCAGUCAGGGGGUGUGAAGGAUUUUGUGGAUUUUGCAUUGACCUAGCAUUACAUUUCUGUCAGUGUAAACAUGAUUGUUAUUGCAAUCAGUGUGUCACACUCUUCUAUUUUGCUUCAAAGAAACCUGAUUUCAUAUA